UAUACCGAUAAGGGUCUAUGAUGAGUUUGGGUGAUUCUGCUAGGGAACUGAAUUAUCACUGUAUGCUUUUAACAGAUCGUGUUUUACAAUGCCAAUUCAGGUUUUGAAGGCAGAACGGACAACUGGGUUUGGGUUACAAUUUGGAGUGGUUGCUUGAUAUGGAAGCUUGUAUGGAUUUCUUGGAUCGGCUCGGCGUCGACCUUUCGUCGAAGAUUCUAAUGAAUUUGGAGGAUCCAUCUGAUAUUGUCCGUGUUAGUUCCGUCUCACGGUCUUGGCGACAUUUUGUAAUUGCGAAUGGUUUUUGUCAGCAGUUGUGCUUGAGAAUGUUUCCUCAGUUAUCUAGAGUUUCUGGUGUUAUUGAAUUGAACAAAUGCGCACAAAUAGAGCCUGCAGUUGGAUCUAGCUAUUCAGUGGAAUUGGAAACUUUGGAAAAGGAUCAUAGGGUGUACACUUUUUUAGCUCGAGGUUGUAGAUCAUCUCACGUCUACGGUUGCAUUCAAAGAGCAAUUUGUGCUUCUAGCACUGAUAGUUAUCCAGGGAAAAGAGUUGAGAAUACUCUGUCAGCAUGUAGAGCUUUCUACUGGUCAAGUAAAGGACAAAGCAAUCCUGCAAUGCCUGAGGCACUAACAUAUGAGUUGGUCAGCAAGUUUUGUAUUAUUACUGAAAUCAAUAUUUGCCCUUUCCAAGCUUACUUUCAAUCGGGUUCACCUAUAUAUUCAGCCAAAUCUGUGCGAUUUCGGUUGGGUUAUUCCAAAACCAGUACUGAUGAUGUAGGGAAAGGUCGUCUGGCUUACUCAUACCCUUCUGCUGAUGACAAGUUCAUUUGGACCUACACUUCACAAGAAUUUCCAAUGGCUCAGAAAAGUGACAUUCAAAAGUUCAAGCUUCCAGAACCUGUUCUUUGCGUUGGUGGAAUUUUGCAGAUUGAGCUCCUGGGUAGGGUUCAGAGAAACAAAGCGGAUGGCUUAUUCUAUAUAUGCAUGACUUAUGUUCAAGUUGUGGGGCGAUCCUUAUCUCCAGCAUUUGGUGUGGAAAAUCUUGAACCAUCUGGGAAGUUUAUCUUGCUACACAACAAGCUGGAGAAAUUUUAUGACCAACCGAACGACCCUGUUGAAAGCGCCGCUCAUAUCGUGCGGAGUAGUGCCGGAGAUUUGUGGCAAAUUGUGAAUAGGUUGCAGGGAAAUUUAGUAGAUCCAAUUGAUGGAUUUGAGUAGGGUGAGGAAGAAGACAAAUCUGAGGAAGAAUAUAUUCUCUGAAUUUUUUAUAUUGUUUCGUCUAUUUGAUGAGCAGCCACCCCCCUAACCGGGGGAGCCAGUUUCCUCACCUCUUUAGAACUUUUCAUUUGAAGGAUUGUGUAGUGGUAUUACCUUAAUAUAAGUUUAUUUUCCCAUUAGA